UGGCGGCGGGCGGCGAUGGGCACGGCGGCCGUGCACCUCCUGCUGCUGCUGGGGCUGCUGCACGCCGGGCCCGGCGGCGAGGGCAGGAAGGGCUGGCGGCGGCGGGGCCCGGCGGCCCGCGAGCGCGGCGAGGCGGCGGCGGCGGCCGAGAGCUUCCCGCUGGACUUCACCGCCGUGGAGGGCAACAUGGACAGUUUCAUGGCGCAGGUCAAGAGCCUGGCGCAGUCGCUGUACCCCUGCUCGGCCCAGGCGCUGCCGCACGACCUGCGCCUGCACCUCCUGCACAACGCCUCGGUCACCUGCAACGACGGCAGCCCGGCCGGCUACUACCUCAAGGAGUCCAAGGGCAGCCGGCGGUGGCUGCUGUUCCUGGAAGGAGGGUGGUACUGCUUCAACAAGGAAAACUGCGACACCCGCUACGAGACCAUGCGGAGGCUCAUGAGCUCCCGGGAGUGGCCGUCGACCCGAGUGGGAACUGGGAUCCUGUCAUCGCAGCCGGAAGAAAAUCCCCACUGGUGGAACGCAAACAUGGUAUUCAUCCCUUAUUGCUCAAGUGAUGUUUGGAGCGGUGCCUCUUCCAAGUCUGAGAAAAAUGAAUAUGCCUUCAUGGGAGCACUGAUUAUUCAGGAAGUUAUAAAGGAGCUGGUGGGAAAAGGUCUUAGCACUGCAAAAGUGUUGCUGCUAGCAGGGAGCAGUGCUGGAGGGACAGGAGUGCUCUUGAAUGUGGAUCGAGUGGCAGAGCAGCUGGAGGAGAUGGGUUAUCAAGGGAUUCAGGUUCGAGGCUUGGCCGACUCCGGAUGGUUCCUGGAUAACAAACAGUAUCGCAGAACCGACUGCAUCGAUACCAUAACGUGUGCUCCAACAGAAGCCAUCAGGAGAGGAAUAAGGUACUGGAAUGGUAUUGUUCCUGAACGCUGUAAGCUGCAGUUCAAAGAGGGAGAGGAAUGGAACUGCUUUUUUGGAUAUAAGAUUUACCCCACUCUUCGGUGCCCAGUCUUUGUGGUACAGUGGCUCUUUGAUGAAGCCCAGCUUACUGUAGACAAUGUACACCUCACUGGCCAGCCUGUUCAGGAAGGGCAGUGGCUCUACAUCCAGAAUUUGGGUAGAGAGCUGAGAAACACCUUGAAGGACGUGACUGCUAGCUUUGCUCCUGCCUGUCUGUCCCAUGAGAUCAUUACACGCAAUCACUGGACAGACAUCCAGGUGAAGGGGACAUCACUACCCCGUGCCCUGCACUGUUGGGAUCGAAGCCUCCAUGAGAGCAACAAAAAUGGCAAAGCCCCUCUGAAGGGCUGCCCAAUCCAUCUGAUUGACAGCUGUCCAUGGCCUCACUGCAACCCCUCAUGCCCCACUAUCAGGGACCAGUUCACAGGGCAGGAGAUGAAUGUGAUCCAGUUCCUCAUGCACAUGGGUUUUGAUGUUCAGAAGAUGGCACAGCAACAGGGCCUGGAGCCCAGUAAACUUCUGGGGAUGCUCAGCAGUGGUAACUAGGAAGGGGUCCUCAGCAGGCCAGAGAGAUUAGAUCAGGAGGAGACUGUAAGCCCUUCUCCCACACUUUCUAAUCUUCCUUACGCUCAUGCAGGCAGAUGCACGCUCACACCCACGCAUGCUCCAACCUGUACACCCACGUGUUCCUGCACUCUUGCACACUUAGGAUGUGUCAAGAAAAGAAAAAAAGACAAUUUCUGGCUUAGAAUAUUUGACUGGAACUCGUUACCUCCAGGGCUCAGUGUUGGCCAUUCACAUCCUCGUCCCGUGUUACACAAGGCAGUUUGAUACAGGGAGUAGCAAAGCCAUAAACAGCAGCAGUGAGAACUUCCCCCAGAUCUAGGACUUCUUUCGUUGCCAUGAAUUUUGCAUCAUAGACUUGAUACAAGUGGUGAAAAAAGCAAGCACUGGAUUUCUUUUGUCCAACCAGAAGUGAAGGAGUGAUUACAUGACUUCCUGGAGGUCAGCAUCUCGCGAUGAGGCGUAACACACAAACCCAGGACACGUGCUAGGGAUGGACACUCUUGUACUCAGUUUACUUUCGUAUUAUUUUAUAAAAUGACUUUUUUAUUACUUUUUUUUUAAACUAAGCAAGAAAUAUAAAUGAUAUUGUUUUGUAACAUAUUUUUUUCUAAAUAACGAGGAAACCUCUUGCUACGUGGGCAACGUGGACAUAUUUAUUUUAAUAUGUAAAGCGCUAUUUAUAAGGGCUGACCAGAGAACCAUACCUAUGUCUUUGUAAAGUUGUAUAUGCUGCUCAUUUGGAUGGGUUAUCCUUACAAUCACUUGUGCCUGGGAGGGGCCUGAGGGUAGUAUUGACAUUUUACAUUAAGUAGACUUCUGUGUUCCCCUUGCAGCAUGCUUUGUCAUUGUUUCUCUGAUGAAGAGGUUGUAAUAUGAGAUCUGAGUACAGAGAUUUUCACCCAACAUCUGAUGUUUGCAAUACUUGCACAGCAUUUUUGGCUUGACUCUGGUUUGCCAGGUAUGCCAGGGCAUUACAUUGUAAGAAGCAGGGAGAUUUGGUUUUGCAGCAAAGGCCUCUAUUCUAGUGAGAGAAAUAUUUGAUCGGACCACCUGGCCUGUUUUGAAAUGGGGAGCAUUUGGAACAUGAAAGGCAGAGAUUGCAAGACAAGCACCAACAUAUUCAUAUUCUUCUAGUCAUUUGCAAACACACCCACCUCAGAACACUGAGAAUCCCCUUUGAUGGUGACGGGAGGAGAGCAAGGGAGGAACCAGGAAUGUUUGACUGAAGCUGGAGAGGGUGAGGGACUGUUCAUUAGAGGGGAGAGCACACUGGCAGUUGCAGAAAAGCCUUUUUACUGUGUCACACUGCACCUGGUGUAGAUGAACCUGCACAAGGAGCAAGAUGCACAUCCAUCCUGCACGAGUUCCUGGUGCCAUUUUGCAUCUGCUCACUGUUGUGCAAUGUUGUUGUUACACAACAAGUGAGCCACAGAAAAUGGGCCUAAUUUAAGAAAAAAUCCGUGCACUUUCAAGAUGGUAGUGCUGUUUGUAAAGUCCAUUGUCUUAGGUGUAUAAACCCCAAAAUUAACAAAGCCACAGCCCUUCAGUUUGUUUUUAUGGACUGAAGCAAACGGCUGGGCAGUACCACACAGGAAAUCCUGAGCCAUCCUACUCUGCCAGGUAGGCUGAGUACACAUUUAAAAGUAGCUAAAGAGAAAAUCAAUGGUGCUCCCAGCAGAACUGUAAGCAGCGUUUCCCCAUGAUCAGUCUAGGGGUUACUGAUAUCCUUUAUGUUUUAAUGACUUGGGUAUAAAUUAAAAUUGUUCUGAUCACAUUUUUCAUGCCACUAAGCUGAGAGGAUUCUUCAGUACAGACAACACUUGGAGAAGUACAUAGGAAGGUGGGAUUGAUUCCUUUGAGGGAUGGAGUCACAUGGAGUCAGUCAAAGUGCUGAUACUUGAGCAGUAGCCAGAAUUUCUGCUGUGCACCACUCAUCAGUUGGGAGCUCCAGGGGCAACUACUGUGCGUCUCAGUUGUUUGCAGGAUGAUUACACACAAAGUCAAUGUGCCUGUAGAUUCAGCAAGUGCGUUGGGCUGUGUCCAGCAGUGUAAUUCCAUUAGGAAAUGGUGAGGUAUAAAUAACAUUGUUGAAUUCUGGAAUACUUUUUGCAGAGCUGCUUACCUGGAUGUCUGAAACGUUAAUUUAAAGGUCAAUUUCUAAAAGGCAAAGAAUGUUUGGAGGGAAUAUUUUCCUUUCAAGCACAGGAAAAAAUCCUUGGGAAUUGAGGAUCACUCUCUCAGCUCAGUGUGCCUCUGCAACAGGCCUUCAAAACGUGGAACAGAGAGAAGUCUCAGAAAUAUUUUUAAAGGGGAACUUGGAUAAUUUAUUAGAAAAAUUAUACAAUGUGGUUGCAAGUCAUAGCUGGAAACUGGAAUCUGUAACCCAAAAUGUCAUUGCCAGCUCUAUACUUCUUGUACUUGUGCAAUAAAUACAGUUUUCCCAAGCCUUUGUUAAA